UGUGCAGCUGCACAGCAAGGCAAGUAAGCAAGCAAGCGCACGUUGCGACGAGGUGGAGCGCUUCUGCACUUGCGCUUGAGCCAUAGCAGAAGUAGCAGCUGUGAAAGGAACCACUGCGGCCGGCGGCAGCCAUGCUGCACUAGAGCACCGGCGGCGAGCCGUCAAGCCGCGGCACCAGAAUCACCGAGCCGCCGCGCAGCAGUAAACACCAUCACCGAGCCGUCACGCGCAGCACAGCUGCACCACCACCAUCAUCACAAAAUGCCAGUCGAGCGCGUCGACAGCACGUCGCCGCCCGCCGUGCUGCGGGCGCAUGAAGAGGUCACAACCAGCGUAAAAAACACACCGUCCCGGGCACGACGUUAAACUGCCCGCGGUAAUGUUGACUUCCAAGUUCAACAACAUGAUGAGUUGUUGUGCGGCGUCGCAAGCCGCGGCGCAGCAAUGCGCCGCGGUCGUGGACGACAGCGCCCCCGCUCCACCUUGUUACGCAAGGGGGCGAACAACCUGACCCUUUACCAACACGCAGGCUCUCGUAAACUUCAGCGAGCAGCUCCUCGACCACGAAGCUGUCGAAAGUGUCGCGUUCGACGAUAUAGCCAUCGGAGGAAGCCUCGCGGCGACGCGCGCGACGCCCGCGACGGUCGAAGACAGCACGAUCAUUCUCUUCCUCCACGGCGGCUCCUACGCGCACUAUUCGCCCAAGGACCCGUGGUACGCGUCUCUUACGUCGCGCCUCGCCCAUAGUACUCGUAGAGUCGUUGUGAGCCCAUCUUAUAGAUUGGCGCCGGCGCAUCCGUUCCCCGCGGCGCUCGAUGACGCUCUGGCUACAUUACGAUACCUGCGACGGACAAGUCGCGUCGUUGUCUGUGGCGACUCGGCCGGCGGCGGCCUCGCGAUGGCUCUCGCGUUGUCCGCGCCGAAGGAUAUAGUAGGCGUCGUCGCCUUGUCGGGCCUCUUCGACCUCACGGCCUCCACAGGAUCGUAUGAUAAGCGCGUGGACCCCCUCUUCAGCGACGCGCCCGACGAGGAACGACGGUCGACGAUCCGCGACGGCCUCACGUAUUUGGGGCAUAGAGAGCCGCGCGCCAAGGAUGUGAAUAGUGUCCUCACCGCGGCCUGGUGCUGCUAUCCCCCAAAGCUCACGAAGUUGUUACGGGACUGGCGCUGCUCGCCGCUCUUCGCACCACUUGAUCUGUUGCAAAAGCUUCCAUCAACGUUGCUCGUGGUCGGCGCGCACGAGGUUUUGUUGGAUGAGUCUCUACAAUUGGGUGGCGCCAUCAAGGAUUGUAGGGUCGUCGUUUUUGAAGAUAUGUGGCACGACUUCUUCCUCUAUUCAGAGGGCCGCGGUUGUGAUGGUAAAAAACUGGACGAGGCGCGGCACUGUAUCGAUAUCGUCUCCAAGUUCGUCGCGGACACCUCCGCGGCGGCCGCGGCGCGCCGCGCGGCGGUCGCGCCGACGAAGGAGUCCCUACCACAGCCGGCGAGUCCCAUCGGUGACGGCGGCGUCUUCCUCACUGGAGUACAAGACUCGCCGGAACGGGUGCUGUCGCCGGGCCGCGAGCAGACGCCCGAGGACGUCAUGAUCGCUAGACGACGGGCAGCAUUACUGCCGCGCUGCUACGUGGCCUACGCGUCGUCGUCCGAUGGAAGGAUGACGGCGUCGAACUGGACGACGCUCCUCACGGUGAGUGGCGUCUUCGAGGCGGAACGGGUGAAGGUUCUGAAGGCUGAUUUGAUCUUUUCGGUCCUCGCGCGGGACGGCGCGCUGGGCUACCGGGCCUUCCGCCAGGCCCUGCGCCAGGUCGCCGUGACGCUGUAUCCCGAAUUGGGCGAGGGCGACGCCUUUCGGAGGUUGGUCGAGGAGGACGUCCUGCCGCGCGCGACGCUCGCGUCCGAGGAAGAGGCGCGGGACGCGGGGCUGCUCGGGGUUUCGUAAGUUUUGGUUUUUUGUG